AUGUCUUCCUUCAUCGCGCCCAAGUCCCGCCUUGGCGCAAAGGGCGACGGCCCAAGACCUCGCUUUGCCAAUCCGAAUCCCGUCCGAGCCAUGCGCGAGCGUGAGGAACGUCGCAAUGCCAACGCCGCAUCCCAACAGGCCUCGGCCAACAUGAACAAGGGCUCUGUUGCCCCUCCAGCGCGCCAGCAGUGUCCUAAUAAGGCUUGUCCUAAACCCAACGUCGUCGACGGAACCUGCAGAACUUGCGGUCGUGUCGCUGAUGACAGCAAUAUCGUUGCCGAAGUGCAGUUUGGCGAGACCAGCUCCGGUGCUGCCGUCGUGCAGGGUGCCUUUUUGGGUGCGGAUCAGGCCGGUAUCAGAAGCAUGGGACCUGCCUUUAGAAGAGCAGGCGGUUCUGAAGACCGCGAGAAAAGUAUUCGUGAAGCAAAGGGUCUUAUGCAGGGUUAUGCUCAGCAGCUGAAUGUCAGCGAGAGUCUGGUCACUGCAGGCACUCAGGUCUUCAAGCUCGCAUCGGGUGCCAACUUCAUUCAAGGCCGUACACUAGCCAGUGUUGCUGCCGUUUGUCUUUAUGCAGCUUGUCGUGCAGAGCCGCCAUGCAAGGUCAUGCUUAUCGAUCUGGCGGAUCUUGUUCAGCUCAAUGUCUUCAAGCUGGGCCGCAUCUUCAAAAAGCUAAACGAAGUGGUGCCUAUUGGCAACGACGGCCUGAUUCCAGUAUACCCCGAGGAUCUCAUCUGGCGCUUUGCCACCAAGAUGGAGUUCCACCAGGAGACGGCAAAGGUUGCCGAAGAUGCUGUUCGUCUAGUCAAGCGCAUGAGUAGAGAUUGGAUGGUUAUGGGUCGUCGUCCCUCUGGUAUUUGCGGUGCAUGCUUGCUAAUGGCUGCGCGUAUGCACAACUUCCGCCGAACAGUGCGCGAGGUUGUUUACAUUGUCAAAGUCACCAACCACACGAUUCAAAACCGUCUGCAAGAAUUCAACAUUACAGAAUCAAGUCGCAUGUCUGUCGAAGACUUCCUGAAGCAAGAUUUCCUAGAAAGUUCCCAUGACCCGCCAUCAUUUUAUAAAAAAUCGGACGACUUCCGCCAGCAACAGGAUGAGAACGGACGCAAACGUCGCAAGCUGUUGGAUAUACCUGAAAAUGAGGACGAGACGGAUAUGCCAUCAGCACCGGCACAGUCGAGAACACGACGCAUGACUGAUGCUGGUGCAGAUAUGUCUGAUGCACCAGCGAUCAAUUUCCGCCGUGACGCGGAUGGCUUUAUUAUCCCACCGCUGCCCUCACAAAUCUCACAAGAUCUGCCGAAGAACGACAAGGCAGCAGAAACCGGAGAUGACGUCGAUGAAGAGUCCCUCGAAAAGCUCGCUGAUGAAUUUGGCGACGCCAUGGAGGAGGAAGACGAUGAAAAUGGAGGCAAAGAAUCGUCAGGCCGUGGGAAGCGUAAGAAGCCCCAACUGCCAAUUAAUGAAGAAUGGGAGGAGGACGAAAACGACUUGGAGGGUGAGAUUGAAGAAAUGUUCAACGAUCCGCUGACCUACGAACACGCUCUCGCCUACUCCAAUGCCGAACAGCGUGCCCGCAUUCACUCCAACUGGGCGCUUAACCAGCGACCGCAGCGUGAAAUCUCCAUGGCGGCCGAAGUCGGCGAGGACGAGUUUGCAGACGAUCUUGAAGUGCUCAACUGUCUGCUGUCUCCCGAGGAGGCCCGCAUCAAAGAGACCAUUUGGGUCAACCAAAACAAGGACUGGCUGCGCCAGCAUCAGGAGAAAGUCUUUAGACGUAAGGUGGAGGCCGAGCGACCAAAGCAAACCCGAAAGCGCAGAAAGAGAGCCCGCAUGGGCGAGGGACAGACCAGCCCGGCCAACUCGGCUGCCGAGGCUGCCAUCUCUGUGGCAAAGGAUCGUGCCUGGUCUAAGAGAAUCAACUACGAUGCUAUCCGCAGCAUCUUUGACGGCCCCAACGCCGACGGACUGGGCUCGGCAGCUACUAGUCGUAAGACCAGUCUGGCAGGUAGUACCCUUGGCGCGGAAGACGAAGAUGACGAUGCUCCAGAGGAGAGUGUUGCCGGUGACGAUGAGGCUGCUGGAUACGAUGACGACGACCAUGAGGAAAUGGAUGCAGAGUAUGGUCUAGAAGAUGAUUAA